UUCUAAUCUUGGAUGGAUGAUCUGGUGAUGAAUUAUUGUCGUGGUGCCAGACGGAGUACUCUGCCACAGACAGAUUACCCAUGUCCGAUCCAGCAAGCGAAGCAAAGAUUCUCCGCCCUCCGCCGCCACCACCUCCACCUGCAGACCCAUACCUCAAGAUAUCUCACUACGUCGCAAAGCUCAAAAAAACCCCUCCCAGUCAAUUCUACCAGGCAUGCAAGCCAGCACCCGCGGUGGACCUGCUAGCCGCUUGUAGUGGUCCAUACUUCUUCUACGGCACACUCACCGAUCCCUCGCUGCUCGCUGAGAUUCUCAAGCUAGAUGAGACACCCAGACUACGACCGGCAUACAUACUAGGCUACUGCUGCAAAAUGUGGGGUCAGUAUCCCGCGUUGCUCGAUGCUCCAGGCUCGGUUGUUCAAGGUGCGGCGUAUCAUGUCCGUACCUCGCAAGAUGCAGCAAGGCUUGCUGCGUACGAGACUGGAAGCUACCGCGUGGAGGCCUGUCUGAUCCGCUACACAGAUGGCGAAGAACCGGCGGAAGACCUUGGGCAAACUUUCAAGUUUGUUGGUGACACGAGAGACUUGAGCGCAGGCGAGUUCGAUCUGAAAAUCUGGUUGAGACGGAUGGGGAGGCAUGCUGCGGCUGAUGGGCUGGAAGUGGCUAGUAGCGAGAAGUAGCGGAACAGAUCUUGACGGAGAUCACCCAGAUAUCACAGUAGUGAUUUGUCGCUGAUCCUUUCCUGACUAAAAGCCCCGGGGUUCAAAAGUCCCCGGAUUCUUGUGAAGGCGCCAUGGCUGGCAAUCACAGUCAGAGAAAGAGCCUAUCCAGAUUCCUUCUCUGCCCUUUUUUUGAGCAAGGAGAUUCUCUCAUUAGCCUCAAAGCGCACCGAGGGUCAUUCGGCAUGAUGACCGCGAAGAAUACGGUAACU